ACACUCAUCCACAUCGUCUCGCGUAGCUAGCUCGGCGCGGCCUGCAACAAUGUCCAUCUCGCUUGUUUCAAAUGCAUUUCUAGAUGAUAAUUCGAACAAAAUACGAGCCAAGCCAGUACCAUGGGAGGGAUACCAGCGAGCGAACCUGAUAACCGCCGAGGAGCUCGCCCUCCUCAAGAAGGUGGAUAGACAACCGAGAGCAAAAGUGGAAUCCCUCUACCUGUCAGACGGCCAGGCAUAUGCCAUUCUCUACCUCCGUCUUUUGAAGAAGCUGCAGCGCGUUGACACUCAGUCAAACAUACUCGUCUUGAUAGCUGAUGCUCUGUCUGAUCACGAGGAGCGUAUCGCUCUCUUCGCGAGGGCAUCUGAGACAGAUGCGGAAUCGCCAUAUACACCUUUACUGCGAAUGCUGGAAUCUCAGGAUGACUUUGUACAACUAAAAGCUACUCAGAUCCUCACCGUGCUUCUGAGUGCCGAGCCGAACACGAUACCCCCUCAGUACCUGCAGCCUUUCAUCGGCACCCUUACCUCCUUCAUCUCGCAUCCAGUGCCGCACAAGCAUGACGUCGCGGUCCAAUGCCUGGAAGUCAUUCUCCCGCGCGCGGAAGCUCGUAGGGUGGUAUGGACCAGCCCCACCAUUGUUGCAGGUUUUGUCGAUAUCCUGCGUCACAACCCUGGACCUCAGAUGUGCUACCAGGUCGGCUUUUGCUUCUGGUUGCUCUCAUUUGAUCAGAAUAUUGCGGAGGAGAUCAACAAGAAGUUCGACAUUAUACCCGUCCUUACGGACAUCGCAAAAGGUGCCGUCAAGGAGAAAGUUAUCCGUAUCAUAAUAGCCACCUUCCGGAACCUCGUCUCGAAAGCGCCUCAGGCCAAUCUCCCUGCUAUGCUUGUUGCUCAUGUUCUACAAUUUGUAAAGAAUUUGUCAACAAGAAAGUGGACAGAUGAGGAUAUCCUCGAAGAUAUUCAGUACCUCAAGGAUGAGUUGACUGCUCGCUUCGAUAGUUUGACGACGUACGAUGAGUAUAGCUCAGAGCUGAUGUCUGGACACCUGUCAUGGACACCCGUACACGAAUCCGAGCUCUUCUGGAAAGAGAAUGUUACCAAGCUUAACGACAAGGAUUAUGAGCAACUGAAGCUCCUCGUCCGUCUCCUGAAGGAGUCGCAAGAUUCUGUCGUCCUUGCAGUUGCCGCACAUGACGUUGGGCAAUAUGUUAAGCAUUAUGAGCGGGGAAAGAAGGUUCUUACCGACCUCGACGCGAAGACACGAGUGAUGGAGCUCAUGACGCAUCCCGACCCGAAUGUACGGUACCAGGCCCUCGUUUCUGUCCAGCGACUGGUGAGCCACCCAUGGGCGGCGUAGGCGCAUCCCUCAACCAAACCAAUGGACAAUUCUGUAACGACCUACCAAAUUGUAGUAAUGACCUAGCAUUUGGGAUUCUUCGCAUCAGCAUUUUCGCAUCCUUCGACUUGAGCAUUUCUUACUCCCGCAAUCACCAACGCACACAGGCGCCCAUAGCUGGACGUGUUUCCUCGACCAACCAACAAUCCUCCCAUUCUUUGCUGACCAACGCGUGUGAAAAAAGAAAUACAGGCAAGCAAGCAACAGUGGAAAAAGGGAAGCCACAGAAGCCGGGGACGGUAGUAAAACAUUCUAACAGGAACGAAAACAACAACGAUCUGUACCAGGCCCAGUGUCAAACUGGCCGGAGGCGCGGAAGAGUGAACGCAACAGGAGGGAACAAACGAAGCAUAAAUGCGGCAAUAAUACUUGAAUAAGUACACGGGCAGUGUUCGGACUUCAGAAUGUGUGAGAGUGGAUGGACACAGACAUGUCUUCAGACGAAACCCUUGCCGCCGCGCUUCGUGUCAAUCUUCUUGAAACGUUCAGACUCGUUUCGCUGGUGGCGCUGCGGUCAACAGAUGCGACAGGAAUGCAGAAUUGGGUGCAAGACAUUACCUGACGGAUGACACAGAGCGAUGCAGUGAACAGGGCGAUGACAAUUGCCAUAUAGCCAUAGAUCGUUCUGAGCAGUUUCACACAGGUU